AUGUUUGUCAGCUACUCACAUUUACUCUUAAUUGUUCUCAUUGUCGACAAAUCAUGUUCGACAGUCGACGCUCAAGCCUUUUCAUCCAACUACAACGUGUACGAGGAGUCAGGGGACUACAUCAUAGGUGGUCUUCUACCAGUCCACUACGAAAACUGCUUCUCACUCCGGGAAUUGGAAACACUUCACCGUCUCGAAGCCAUGGCUUACGCCGUACGACAGGUCAAUAAUGACCCGGACAUUCUCCCUAAUGUCACGCUCGGAUUCAGAAUCUACGAUACGUGUUCGUAUGAACCAGUGGCCUUGUCCCGUGCUACGCUAUUCAUACCUGCUUCGCAGAUAAUUGGCAAUACAUCCGGGUGUGAUCAUGCGAAAGAGUUUGAAAAUACUACUACUGUUAUCGGAAUCAUUGGAUCCGAGAAGAGCGUAACAACACAAGCAGCAGCCCAGCUCUUUAGCGUCUACGACAUCCCGCUCGUCAGCUUCUUCGCAACAUCCGACGAUCUUGACGACACCGGUCGGUUUCCUUACUUUCUCAGGAUGAUCCCUCCAGAUGACCUCCAAGUCAAGGCGAUUAUCGACAUCUUAUUAUACUUCAAAUGGGAUUACGUUUCUAUCAUUUACUCCGGAGACAGCUACGGAAGAAAUGCUCUCGACUCCUUCCGUCAAAACUUCGUCUUCCAGGAGAGUCUCUGUCUUGCAAUUGAGUUUGAAGUUAAAACCAACACCUCUAAAGCAGUUAUAGAUGGAGUGAUUGAGCUCAUCUUAUCCCGAGCAGAUACCUCUAAGGUGGUGAUUAUGUUCACGCAGAUUAACCAUGCCAACAUGGUAUUGAAGUCUAUGACCGAGAAAGGGGCCAUGGGUAGAAUCCAACUCAUUGGUAGCGAUGGUUGGGGGAUGAGUAUUGGUGAGAUUGAUAAAGAGAAUCGCGAGAUGGCGCUGGGAGCGAUUAAGACGCAACUUCCAGAUGAGGAGGAUUUGGAGUUUGAGGAUUAUUUCAAACUCUUAGUUGGAGGAACAAACCCCACAAUGCCUGGGAGGAAAAACCCGUGGUUGGGAGUAUUUACAUUAGUAUAUUUGAUUGAUUGUCUGACAGAGGGAUGUGAUUUAAUCUACCAUAGUCGUGGAUACAGUGAGUCUAGCGGAGUAUCGCGUGUAAUAGACUCAGUCAAGGCUUAUGCUUACGCAUUGGAUUACAUACAGAAAGAUUUAUGUAAGAAUCCAAACAUACCAUGUGAUGUUAAAAAACUGUUCCAGUCGGGUAAGCUUGUUUUUGAGUACAUUAAGAAAGUUACGUCAAGAGAUUCUCCUUAUACUGGGAUGUUCUCAAAAGAAAUCGAUGUUAAACAAAUGACAUACGAGCUUGAAGUCAUUGCAAGAUCGUUGGACUCAGAAUCUGGAGGUUACGAAUUGAGAAGGAUUGGCGAGUGGAAUAAGUUGGGAAACAAGUCUUUGACAAUCACCGAGGAGAACAUUCCAUGGAGUGUUCAAAAUGGAGGUAACCCACCUACGUCUUAUUGCAGUCAGCCUUGUGAGAAAGGCUACUUAACGACUCGAAUAGGAGACCAUAAGUGUUGUUGGAAAUGCACACCAUGCCCCGAGCGGUCCGUUGUGAACGACUCUCGCUGCGUAGCCUGUGAGGAUACCGAAACGCCAGAUGAAGCAAGACUAGUCUGCCUUCAAGUCGUUCCAUCAUACAUACUAUGGAAUGAGCCAGUAACAAUCCUACUAAGUUUAAUGACAUCUCUUGGUAUCCUCACAACCUGUUUAGUUCUUGCUGAUUACAUUCGUCAUAAUCAACAUUCAUUAAUCAAAGCAUCGAGUCGAGAGCUUAGCUACAUCAUGCUAAGUGGUGUCCUCCUGUCCUAUACCCUUGUAUUCUUUCUCUUCGGUGAACCCACAGUUAUCAAAUGUUACUUCAUUCGUCACUGUUUCAUGAUGUCUUUUACUCUGACGUACGCACCUCUGCUUACCAGAGCUAAUAGAAUAUAUCGAAUCUUUAAAGCUGGGAAGAGGUCAGCGAAGAGACCAAGCCUCAUCAGUCCGAAAUCACAAGUUGCCAUAGCGAUGGCAUUCGUCGCAAUGCAGCUUCUUAUCAACAUUGCGUGGCAGAUUCAAAACAAACCGAAACCAGAGGAACAAGUUAUUUCUCCAGGAGUUGUAGAAAUAAUGUGCAACACAAGUGAUGCUGAGAUGAUUGUAUCACUAAGUUACAAUGUCAUACUCGUCCUUCUCUGUAGCGUACAUGCAUUUAUGACCCGCAAAGUACCAACCAACUACAACGAGUCUCGCUUCAUAAGCCUGAGCGUGUACACCACUGUGGUCAUCUGGCUGGCUUUUAUACCAUGUUACUUUUUACUUCCGGAUGCAAAGGUCAAACUAGUCGUCAUGUCAGUCGCUCUUAUCUUCAGUGGCAGCAUCACUUUGGUGUUUAUGUUCUUCACGAAGCUAUACGCAGUGCAUUUUGUGGCUGAGGCGAACGUUCACGCUGCAGGAACGUACAAAGAGAACGGGUCUACAGUCGGGAAUGCAAACCUUAAUAAUCUGAACAUUGUUAAUAAACUAAACGCUCAGAGUCGACAGAGGGCGAUCAUCAGUAAUAUUUUGAGAGGCAAGACUGCUGUAGCGCCGAGUACCAGUGACAACCAACCAAUGGAUAAUGAUGACGAUGAUAAGGGGAAUACGGCAGAGAGAAUUCGCCAGCGAUGUUUUCAUUCAUUGAAUGUUCAAGACCAAGCAAUGAUUCAUGUCUCGACGGACCCCUAA